UCUACGAAUUCACAAGCCAUCCAACGUCGCUGCGAAAAAGUUGCAUUAUUUUGUAAACAAAUCCACUACCGUGCACAAAGCCACCAAGCCAGCCAGUUUUUAUCUACCCCAAGCGGGGUGUGAGGGACAGCACCAGUGCAACUAAUCGAAUUAUAUCAUCCCCUUACGGACUCGCGGAAAUGUGUGUCAUUGUGUUUGUGCGGCAGGGAAAUCCGUCUCUCUCAGUUUGGGUGAAAAUGGCCGAGCCAGCAGUGGCGGUCGGUCGAUGGUGAAAAUUAGCUCGCAACAGCAGGCCUGCUGCGAUAAGAACGCUGCCCCCCCUUGACGCCAGUCAGCCAACAGUGAAUUCUCCGCGAACAAUCGAAUUGUGUGCGUUCUGAAAAUGGUCUGUGUUAACGCUUAAACGCGGCGUCACACGGAGACGAAGGCGUCCCGAAGAAGUGUCGAAGAGUGUUGUGCAGAAAGAAAGAAGAAAGAAACCUCAGCAGUGCAUGCCACCACCAGGGGGAAGUGCGAAACCGCAGGACGGUAGAAGAAUGUGCAUUCACUGGCGUGUGUGGUUGCGGCCACUGCUCGUCGUACUGUACGUACUGUUCGUCAUCAUCGUCGUGCCGCUGCUGAUUGCCGACUCGGUGAAGGAUGGUUUCACCCGCAAAGGACAGCUGGUCCUGAUCGGGGGACUGUUUGUGCUGUGCGCCAUACCCAUCUCGAUAUGGCAGAUCGCCCAGCAUACCAUCCACUACACGCAGCCCCAGCUGCAGCGGCAUAUCAUCAGGAUCCUAUGGAUGGUACCGAUCUACGCACUAAAUGCGCUGCUUUGCUUAAUCUACCCUCGCAAAUCGAUCUACAUGGACAGUAUACGCGAGUGUUACGAAGCGUACGUCAUCUACAACUUCAUGAAGUAUCUGCUAAACUAUCUGAACCUCGAGAUGGACCUAGAGCGGGCUCUAGAGUUUAACACGCAAACGCAUCACUUCAUACCGUGCUGCUGUCUCUCGACCUGGCAGAUGGGCCGCGAGUUUGUGCACAACUGCAAGCACGGUAUACUGCAGUACACGGUCGUACGCCCACUGACCACUGUCGUUGCAUGCAUCUGCCAGCUGAAUCAUGUGUACGGGGAGGGUCAGUUCCGGGCAUCGGUGGCAUUCCCGUACCUGGUGUUCAUCAACAACUGCUCCCAAUCGAUCGCCAUGUACUGCCUGGCACUGUUCUAUCGAGCGACUCGCAAUGAGCUGCGCGCGAUGAGACCGUUGCCAAAGUUUUUCUGCAUCAAAGCGGUCAUUUUCUUUUCCUUCUUUCAAAGCGUCAUCAUCUACUUCCUCGUGUACUACGGCAUCAUCAAGGACAUCUUCGACAGCAACACGUCGGAAUUCGAAUCCCAGCUGGAACUGUCGACGAAGCUGCAAAACUUUCUCAUCUGCAUUGAAAUGUUUUUGGCCGCACUGGCCCACCACUACAGCUUCUCGCACCAUCCGUACGUGCUGAACAUUCCAGUCGGCCUGAUCGCAAGGGGCAGCAUCAACGGGAGCAGUGCGACGGGCGGUGGUGGUGGCGGUGCUGCGGGCAGCGGGUCCCAACCCUGGUACAGCGGUCUCCUGACCAUGCUCGACAUAUCCGACGUGCGGCAGGACGUGUCGGAGCAUCUGGGCGAGGUGGGCAGUUCGUUGAGCCGACGGUUUCGGGGCCGGGCGGUGUACGAUAUGGCUCCGGGUAGCAGUCGAACCUGUGAUAUGAACAUUAGCGGCACGGAGCGUGAAUUCCUGGUGCAGCAGGAAGGCGCCAACGGGUCAAACAUCCUAGCCAGCCAGUGCUACCAGAGCGGCCUGUACUACAGUGCAACGGGCGCGUAUCCCGGCGGACAGGCGAAAGCCUCCGGCAGUGGUACGAUCGCACCACGCUACGGUGCACUCGACAGUGGCAUCAGCAUCGUACGACCGAAGGCGGAAAAGCUUGUCGAAACACCGAACGAAGGUGCGCCGCCGAAAGAGAUUAACAUUUUCAACCAAUUCCCCUCGACGAAAGCGCUCAAUCUAACGCUCAGCAAAACGCCCAGUUACGAAAAUUUGAUUUCGCUCAAAAGCGACACCGAUCCGGCCACGACGUCACGGGCAGCUGGCGCCCGCAAAGCGAACGUAGCGAAGCAGCGAAGCUCGGGCGGCAGGCGACCACCGGACAAUAGCAACAGUGAAUCGAGCUCUUCCCAGCGGCAGAUGCAGCGCUCGGAGAGCAAUGGCAGCGAUUGGCUCAGUACGCCCGACGACGAGCUGGGCAUCGACGUGAAAGGGCUCAGUACGGACAAUAUUAACAUUAACCCGGAUAGCAAUCGGAAAGCGUAAAUUGGACGCAUUUGUCGGAGCUCUUCCUUAACGUUCGAUGAUGUAUCCUUGCAUAAUGCUCGCCAUAGCAGUAUUUGGUGUGUGAGCGCUUUGCUUUGUAGUUUAGACGAGACGAACAAAAUGCCUUGUGGCGAGGUGUGAUAGAACAUGGCCGCAUCCGCGCACUCUCGAUAUCACGGAGAAUGAUCAAUUGCGCCCAUAAUCUCUCGCGGUUCAUGCUUAGCGCCCGUUGUGGAAGGAUUGCUCCUUUUUUUCUUUUGUAAAAAUCUCAAAACAGACUGUGCAUUCAUCCUUUA